UCGAGCUUUACUAGAUUGUCUUCUGUGUUCUUUCAUUGUGUUCAUGCCAACUGAAUGUAUGUGUUUUUCACUGACACUAACUAUUUGUUCACAGCAGCAAAAUGCAGAAUCUGUCUGUGCUUUCUAUCAACGCAUCUUCCCCAAAAAGCUUCUCUGUGAUCAUCAAGGUGUGUGUGGUAAUCCCGUUUUUCUGCGUCUUCCUGUGCAUCAUCGCUGUCAUGCUGCAGAUUUUUGUCUCUCAUAAACAGUUUUUGGACACUUCCCGUUACAUCCUGUUUGCACACAUGCUGAUCAACGACACCCUACAGAUCCUGUCCUCUGUGCUGCUCUUCCUCUGUGUGAUGGGUCAGGUCAAGUUACCUCUUCUGUUCUGUGUCCCUCUGCUCUUAGUGUGCACCUGUACCUUUCAGAAUACCACCUUUAUCCUGGCUGCCAUGUCACUGGAGCGUUAUGUUGCCAUUUUCUUCCCUCUGCAGCGCCCGGCCUCCUGGCGCUCAGACCGUAUCUGGAUCAUUACUUUGCCUCUGUGGAUCAUCAGCUUCAUAUUCGCCAUUAUUGAGCUUUUCAUUGGGAACCACAGUCCCACUGUAGAUGUCCUCUCUACCAGCACGCUUUGCAAACCUACAGUUAUCAACCAGUCUCCAAUCCAGGGAGUGUAUCGGUUUGCUGUGUAUGUACUUUCCUUUGCAGUGGUAAGUGUUAUCAUCCUCUUCACCUAUAUGAGGAUUGUGAUGGAAACCAGGAAGAUGCGGCAGGACAGAGCUUCAGUGAGCAAAGCCAUGCACACUGUGCUGCUGCACGGCUUCCAGCUGCUGCUGUGCUUGCUGGCUUUCACCCAGCCCAUCUCCGAAACUCUCAUUGGGCUCCACACAAACUGGCCGGCUGAGGAUGUCGCCUUUUUUAAUUUCUUCUGCUUCAUCCUGAUACCUCGCUUUCUCAGCCCGUUAAUUUAUGGCUUCAGGGACCAGAGUCUGAGAAAGCACAUUGGGAACAGAUUCCUCUGCUGCUCAAAGAGAGACAAAACCUUUUUCAAAUAGUGACUCAAAUAUAAGCUGACAGUUUGAAAAUAAAUUGUUUUAGUUCACACAGAUCUAAUCAGAAGUUAGACAGCUGUUAACUAAGUCUGUUUUAAAACAACAGUCAAAUGACAAUAAAAACAUAAAAUGUUGUUGUUAAUUAUGCAUGAUUUCAUGUGACUCAAAGAUGUUUUUGUUUUACAGGGGCCACAUUCUUGACUGCACUUAGACUUGGGUGGGUUGUGUGUAAUAAACAUUGUUUAUUUGAUAGUGAGAUCAUGAAAGCAACAAAGAUGCACAACCAUUAUAGAAAAUAUUAUCUAAUAGCUUUCAAGCCAAAAAAUAACAUUUCUGAACAGCUUUUUUAACCAGCUUUUGCAAAUUUUACACACUUGUGUGAGCUACUGCUAACAUUUAAUAAGUAAAACUUUAUGCAAACUUGUUAUUGAGAUGUUUACUCCAUGGAUUUUGUAACUUUUAAGUCAAUUGAUGAUGUUAAAGGAAACAAAGAAAAAUAAAAUAGA